AUGGGAGUGCGCAAAGGAGGCAAGAAGAAAGGCAGUCGAAAGCGUAAGACGAACGUAUGGGAUGAUGAAAAGCCGAUAGAUAAGCGUGAUAGAAGUCUGAGUGAUGGACAAGUCAAAAAGCGCCGUAAUGGAUCGAUGAUGGGCCAAUGGAAGGCGCAAAAGAUUGCCAAGUGUGUGAAAGUACGACAAUUUGUCAAUUCUGUGCACGAAAAGAAGCAAUGGCAGCGUGAAAAGUACAACGAAACGUGGGAAGAUACAGUGAAUGCAAUUUAUAAGGAGAAAUGUGUAGAAGAAGAGCAAAAGUCAGUGAGAGAAGAGACACAGAGUGACGACAACACUAGUGACAGUGCUAGUGACAGUGAAAAGGACUUUGGAAAGACAAAGUCGGUGUUUCAAAAGUUUGUAGACACGUUUAAGCCGAUUCAAGAAGACAGAAGUGAAGAGUUUGUGCAGGAAAAUGAAGAAAAUAGUGUAGAAGCUCAAGAUGAGGUGGUAAAUCUCCAUGAAGCCAAGACGUUUAAUGCACAAAAGAAAUCGUUUUCGAAAGUGACAUUGCCAGAAAUGCAAGAACUUUUCGAUGUAUCAUACAAAAGUGGGGUAGAUGGACGAACAGAUCUUGUCAUGACGCCAGAAAGUGCGGACAGGAAGAAACAAUUUGUACGAUCUCGAUUAUUGACGACAUGGAAACAGCGAAAAGUGGACGCAGAUACAAAAUACGCCAAAGGUUCUGUACAGCGUGCACUACUUCAGCAAAUGUUUGCAUACAAAGAUGUUCUAUUUGCUGGUCAGUCGUACGAAAUCACAGACUCAUUGCGUCACAUUAGUGCAAUGCACGUUCUUAAUCACGUAUUCAAAGCACGUGACACAAUCUUGCGCAACAAUGAACGACUCAAAAAGCGUGAGUGUGAUGACUCAAAUGAAGAUGAAAAGGAAUAUCGUGAUCAAGGCUUUUGUCGUGCUAAUGUUCUGGUUUUAUUGCCACUACGUAGUGCAGCAGUGGCUUUUGUGAAUCAUCUACUCGCGCUUUUACCUUCAACAAUGACAACAUUUCACAACAAAGAUCGUUUUGAUCGCGAAUUUGGCCAUACGACAAUAUUUGACGAAUUAUCGUUAGAUGAUGGAAAGAAAGAGUGGCAACGGGUGUUUGAAAGUGGAAAUAACGACGAUUGUUUUCAAUUAGGCUUGUCCUUCUCCCGUAAAGCAGUUCGAUUUUACAGUGGAUAUCAUUACGCAGACGUGAUCCUAGCGUCACCUCUUGGUCUUCGUCAACAACUUGGCGAUGAAGCAGCAACGUUGGACAAUGUCAAGAAUCUUUCAACUGACUUUUUAUCGAGUAUUGAAGUAUGUAUCGUGGAUUCUGCAAGUUUAAUGAUGAUGCAAAAUCUCGACCACGUCCGUACGGUAUUGCAAGCGACAAAUUUACCUCCAAAAGAAGCUCCACAUGCCGAUUUUUCACGCCUUCGUGAGUGGAAUUUGACUUUUCUCGCGUCGUAUUUUCGACAAACGAUUGUGUUUGCACACGGAUUGGAACCAGCAUUAAAUGCACUUGUGAACAAAACGUGUCGUAAUCUUUCAGGUGUUGUCAAGUUUGUUCGUCGCUAUGAUGCUCAUGACGGUUCAGCGUCUAUUGUUCGUGUCGUACCUCAAAUUAAGCAAAUUUUUCAACGUGUCGAUCUGGACUGCCAUGGAUCAUUAUCUGCAGCCGACGAAGUGGAACUUCGAUUUGCUUUUUUCAAAAAACACAUUUUUGAACCACUUUUGGACCAGCCACGAAAACAUGUCUUGAUUUUUAUUCCGUCGUAUUUCGAUUAUGUACGUAUUCGCAACUUGUUUCACGACUCAAUGAACAAGAAACUCAUUCGGAGUGUACAGUGUUGUGAGUACACAAAGAGUACGCAAGUAUCUCGUGCACGUACAACAUUUUUCCAUGGUCAUUGCCAUGUUAUGCUUUAUACCGAACGCUUUCACUUUUAUCAUCAGUAUCAGAUGCGUGGUGUCCACCAUAUCAUUUGGUACGGACCUCCUGCCAUUUGCGACUUUUAUCCCGAAAUGAUGAACAUGUUGGCAAACAAUGACAUAAAAGACGAUGAAAUUGGAGAGAGUAAAGGAGAUAAGACAUCGAUUGCAUUAAUCACACGAUUGGAUUUACUGAGGAUGCAGCGGAUUGUGGGCAAUAAGCGGGCUGACCGCAUGUGUCGACCAAAGGCUGCAAAACCGACUUUCCUUUUUUAUUAA